CCGGAAGUGCCCGGAUAAGGGCUGGGCUACCGCUACGUAACAAUGACGACGACGGUUAUUUUUAAUCGGACGCUGGAAAAAAAAUGGCGAAAUAAUAUCAUCUCCGUCAUAUGUGGUGAAAACGUAGCUGCAUCCCAUCACAGUGUAAUAGGUCGCUGGCGCACACCGCGGGACCAUGGGGAACACCAACAGCGAGCGGGGCGGCAUGGGUCAGGGCGAGAAGACUCACCGGAGAGACAGCCGCGGGGCCAAGGAAGGGGACCGACCCAAAAUCCUCAUGGACAGUCCUGAGGACGCAGAUAUCUUUCACGGGGAGGACCUCAAGCCACCUCUGGAGAAGGAGGAGUUCUUGGCCUGGCAGGAGGGGCUGGAGGCGCAGGACAAGGGCCCGCUGGACCGGCCCACCGUUUUCCGCUGGACCGGCGACGGCAAGGACGUCUUUGUGUCCGGGUCCUUCAACAACUGGGCCAACAAAAUUCCUCUGAUCCGCAGUCAGAACACCUUUGUGGCGAUAGUGGACCUGCCAGAGGGGGAACACCAGUACAAGUUCUACGUAGAUGGGCAGUGGACCCACGACCCUGCGGAGCCAGUGGUGACCAGUCAGCUGGGCACGGUCAACAACGUCAUCCAGGUGAAGAAGACCGACUUCGAGGUGUUCGACGCCCUCAUGGUGGACUCUCAGAAAUGCUCGGACAUGUCAGAUCUUUCCAGUUCUCCCCCAGGUCCUUACCAUCAGGACGCCUACAUCCCCAAACAGGAGGAGAGGUUCAAGUCCCCCCCUAUCCUGCCCCCCCACCUGCUGCAGGUCAUCCUCAACAAGGACACAGGCAUCUCCUGUGAUCCUGCCUUGCUUCCAGAACCCAACCACGUCAUGCUUAAUCACCUGUACGCACUGUCCAUCAAGGACGGCGUUAUGGUCCUGAGCGCCACUCACCGCUACAAGAAGAAGUACGUCACCACCCUCCUUUACAAGCCCAUAUGACUGACAGCCCAGCCCCGCCCCCCGUCCUGCCCCCCACAGAUCUCCAUUUGUCCGUAGUUUAAUUUAUUUGGGUUCUCGUCCUUUGGAAUCGGAGCCGGUUUAGAAGUUGGGCCUGGAGGGUGGGCCUUGUCCCUCCGCCUCUCGUUUCUAUGGCGAAGUCCUGUCGCCUGGGACCCAUUCCACAUGUUGCCCCACGGGACUGGCUGGGUUAAUGGGCUGGGAGACUACCCACAAUGCCUCAGCCCAGCAAAAAGGAGACCGGUUGGACCUUGGUGUAGAGGAGGGAUGGGUGUGGUCUACAGGUUGCGCUCCACCGCCAUUGGUCUGGAACAUCGAGGGAAGUCUUUGGUCUUUAAUUUAUAGCAGUUUGCUGUUUCGAGAAACUAACAGAAGAUGCGUUGUCCCUCACUCACUCUAAUAGUGUUUAUACUGGAGGAAUAAACUAGUUUAUUUUUAUUGAUAGUUUUUAUAUGGAAGAGUCUGCAGCUACCCCACCACUGGGGGAUGGACAGAUUCAUGGGACCAAUUUCUGGGCUGCAUUCUGGGUUUUAAACAGGCCCAGUAGUUCUGCAGAACCGGACCAGUGGUGAAUUUAAUACAUUCACAAAGGCUAAGAGUACUUAUAUUUGGGACCUAACUGCUAAGAGUACUUAUAUUUGGGACCUAACUUCUAAGAGUACUUAUAUUUAUUAUUAACAUAUUUCCUCCAUGUUUCUUUUUCAUGGCUAAAUGAUAACCAUCAGGGGAUGGUACCAGUAUAUAUGUAUGCAACAUGCCUGGAAAAUGUUUCUGUGACCGAUGGACAUUGUUUGGAAGAAUACAUACAGGUUUUCCCCUUCAAUGCAUUAGGAGGGAUGGGCCACCCCGCCUAAAAAUGUAAACAAAUAUAAUAUGACGAUAAUAUUCGAAAACUAUGAUUUAAAACUCAAUCAAAAAUUUGUUUGUGUAUAUGCUUCAUUUUGUGAUCCAUCUUUGGAAAUUAUCAUCGAUUCAAGACAUUUGUGAAGUGUGUGGACUCCCCUUGGUUAGUAGCCAACUCCAAAGUAUGAAGUAGUAUGAAAUUACAGUGUUUUGAUUGGUUAUCUCACUACAGUUGGCUGCUUGGUUACGCACAGACUAGUGGAUCUCUCUGCGUUUUUGUAGAUUUACCUCAAGAAAGCGACGAGAUAGCCUAGCUAAAAUGACAGUGCCUCAGCCAGUGAGAGGAACUUGCCAUGAAAAAACGGUCCAGUGAAGAUCUCAUCCAUCUUCCAUGUGAAUGUGAACGAGAUCCGGGAGAAUGCUGACUGUGGGAGCCGCUGUUCUUCGUGAAGCUGCUGAAAGUACCGAAGCCAUCGCGAGCGAUACGGGGGCCGCCAAGCGGUCACAACGCCAGGAGUCUGUGUGGGUCCCGGGCCUGGCUUGAGGACCCUGACCACAAACCACAGCUUUAUGAAAAAAGCCUACGCGAGUACCACACUAAAGUUACUGAUCUUCAUUAGAUAGGCUAAUGAAACUCCUAAAUAUUCCAUUCACUGAGCAGCAGUUAAACAAUGCUACUUAAGCCAGGUUGUUUUUAACAUAACGUUGAAGGCUAAGCUUAGUAUUUUAUCCUCUCUUCUUGUGUCCAUUUUCCGAUGUCUUAUUUUCUUUUAUGUCUCUGAUAUUUUGAAGCACCGGUACUGAUGAAGACAAAUGACAUGUAUAAAUGCCAUUUACAGUUUACACACUUCAGUUAUGACUGUUGUAGAGAUACGCUGCAGUCAGUGAAGAGGGGCAGAGCAGAAAAUAGUUUUUUGAGGUGCCUACUCUGUACAGAAAUGGAAAAAAGUUAAACAUAGGGAAAUAGUACCAUCUCUCCCCCCCCCCCCCCCCCCAGCUGGACUCGGUCCUCACCACCCCUACUGAAAAGAAAUUCUGGGGGAAGCACUUUUGGCAUAUGUUUAAAGUCUGUUUUGGGGACCACUCUCAUAAUGAUAUAUCACAACCAAUUGGGAAUGUAUGUAGAAUACUGCCAAAUGUUUGGUGUUACCUGGCAGUAGAAACUAUUUUGUCACACCACCCCCAAGAUGGUCAACACAUUUAGCUUUUAGGCAUUUUGACACACCUCCAAAACUAGACAUAGCUACUGUAUUGCAUUGUGAACAGAUUUGAGUGUAUACCCACCCAAACUAAAGAAGGUAUGAAGGAUGUUUGCAGAGUUGGAUCUUGAACCCAGCCCUGAUGGGAGAAUCUGGCAGAACAGACCCCUGUCUGAGUUGAGUUUGGUGAGGUGGAUUGUGGGAGUUGUAGGCCAAAGGCAGGGAAAGGGGAGGAGGUGACCAUGAAUGGCAGGCAUGCUGUUGAUGUGUAAGUUUUUUGAAACACAAUAAACACCAUGAUUUGUACCAUC